UUGCUAAAACAUGGUUACUGUAGAACACCACCAUCAAAAUAGCUCUGCUUCGCCACCGCAUGAACAAAGUACGACAGCAGAACAACCUAUUGAAAUGGCCCAUAAUCAAGUCGCAGUUCUAAGCCAGGAAGCCAGUAAUGCUGCGAUAGGAGGGAAUCUUGCAAAAAUAGGACAGGAAACAGUCAGAAGUGCUGUCAGUCAACGGUCUAUAGACUUGAAAAUUUCCAAGAAGACACCCACAGCUCAAGACAUCACGCGAAAAGUUAUGAAAUUGGAUUUGGUAUCAACCAAAGACGGCGAUGAGUUGGAUAUUAUGUCGCCAAAGUCGCCAGUAGCAGGUGUACGCUUGUCACAACAGACAUCUCUAACAUCUUCAGUGGAUGUAGAAGACCGUAAAACUCUCCGUGAGGCCUUAUACCAAGGAAUAUUUCAUCGUCAUCGCCGAACUAUAUUUGCCGUUGGCAGCUUCUUGCGUAUGUUACGAAGUCGCAAUUCCCAAUACAACACAAUUCGAAGUUCGUCUGAAGGUGAAGAUAUCAACGAAGCUAGAUAAAAUUAAAUAAUUGUUCAUAAGUGGCUACACACAUGUUAAUUAAAAACAAACUAUACGUCAAAAUGUUAAAAACAAAAACAAAACCAGUUAAACAACAAAGAAACAUAUUUAAAACACAUUAAAAGUUAUAUACUACUAAUAUUCUAUUAAAAUUAAUUUUAUUUAACAAUUUAUAUUAAUAUAAUUAAACAUUUUAAAAAUGUAUGUAUAUGUUUCGUAAAAAUUAUAACUAAAAAAUUGUAUUUCUAAGCAAAAUAUUAUUAUUACAAAAUAAAACAAAAUAAGCACUGUGCUUUAAAUUUUAUUUGGUAUUGCAAUAAUUUUAAGCACGUUAACAAAGCUUGGCUCGAUAAGGUUUUUAGAAAAAUAAGCUAAAAUGAUAAAAAGAAACGAGUGGAACAAAUAUUAUUUUUAUUUUUAAAUUAAAAAAAAGGUAAAUUAUAUUCAGAGUGUUUUCGAUUUAAGGUUUAACUUUGUUACGAAAUUUAUCUUGGAUUUUCAUUUAAGUCGAAAAAAAUGUUCAUGGAAAUUUAUUUAAUCCCUAUUUACAGAAGAACUACAAGCGGAAAGAAAAAAAAUAAAAAUGAUCUGAUAAGUAAGAUAUUAAUAAUUAUCAAAACUCCAUAUUUGGGUAGAAAAUAGUUAUGUACAUUAUUUGUUGUGAACAUUUUGUUUUUGGAAAAAAUGAUCUCAUUUCAUGUUUUUCAUUUAAAUUUCAAAAAUCUGAUCACAAUUCCAUUCUCAUAAAAAAACUGAGACUGACGUUUUUUCGAUUUGCCCGUAAAUCUUACAUAAUGUACAUAAUUAGGACCGAAUUAUGGUGGUAGAUUAUUAUUUGUUAAUAUCAAAAUUGUACUAUUAUAGUUCUUAUGUCUUUGGUUAAUAAUACAUUAUAUACAAAAUUAACGGACAAAUUAUUUUGGUACCAAAAUGUUUAUAUAACAGUCUUAUUUAUCUUAAUUAACUGGAGGAUAUUUCAUCAAAAAAGUUUACAUAGACUAAAUAUAUAAAAUAGACAUCUUUGUUCGUUGGAUGCUUUUAUGAGAAUUUUGUAAUCUUCUCAGUGAACACAAUAUGUGAUAUGAUUAAGCCCGAUUGAUAAAAAGUAUGUAUGGUAAUGUAUUGUAUUAUUUAGGGUUAUCUUAAAAAAGGUUUUAGUUUAAUUAACCUGCUUGUAGGACAGGUUUCACUUUUGAAAUUUGACAAUUUAGAACUACGCUAUUACGUUCCACAUUAGGGUUGAGUUCAAAAAUGCAACUAUAGUUGCAAAAAGGCUAUAAAAAAAGUUUGACAGAAUUAAUUAAUUUUUUUCUAUGAGUUACGCGGGUUUUAGGUUGUUAGUGUCUUAACAAAGUUCUUUCAAAAUAUCAAAAAAAAAAUGUUUUAUUAGCACUUAUUUUAAAUGUUUUGAAUGGAACAAAGUGAAAAUAUUAUAUUUCAAUUUAUUAAUAACAAAUCAUUUUAUUUUUUGCCAAAAAUUUAAUAAAUAUUCAAUUAUUUUACCUACUCAUCUUGUUCUGACAUUUUCCUGCAGAGCGACAACAGAAAUAAAAUGACUGCAGGUUUGAUCGCAUUUUAGCUGUCAGACUGCUUUUUUGAACAGAGUUACCGACUGCAGUAAUGCAGGGUUUAUACAUUUAUGAACGCAAAUCUUGCAUUACUGCUGCAUUUUUUACAUUAAUGAACUUACCCAAGAUGUACGAAAAAAUCGAUAUUUCGAAAGUAAAGUUUCCUGAUCGUAUAAUUCCUGGAGAGGCGAUCAGAAUUGGCCUCUUAGAGGAACUAUGUUCAAAUAUUAAAACUGGAUUAAUACAGAUACAGAGCAAUUUAUUUUUCCGUUUCGAAAGUGGUAAAGCUCAAUAAGACACAGCGAUACGUUUUUAAUGAACCUUUUUAUUUUAUUAUAAAGCUAAAACUUCGUAUGAGAAACAGUAUCAUUCAAUUAGCCUCCUUUCUUGAAGCUUAAACCUUUUCUUCUUCCUUAUUCGAAUAUUGUAGUUAGAUAUUUAUGUAGUUAGUUUUAUUGAAAUAAUUAUGUAAUUGUAAUUUAAAUAAAAUUUAAAAGGAAACCCAAAAUAUAUAGGUACAUGUCAAUUAUGUUUCAAAAAUAAUACCUAAUUAGUAUAUUAAUUGACUUUUUUCAAAACAAAGAUCUCAGAAUAGGAAGUAAUUUUAUAAAUUUUAUACAAAUCGAAAAACAUGAAGGCCCAAAAUUAAUGGAGUAAUUGCUGAAGGAAGCUUUCAUUUACGUUUGAAGAUCCUUUCUAAAGUUGAAAAAAAAAACAAUAAUAACAAUAAUUGAUUCCAACACAUCAGAAAGUAAUUAAAAACAAUAUUUAAAAACCCAUAGAUUGAAUUUUAUUGGCUUAAUAAAUAAAAUUGUUUAGUUAAAUUCGAUUAGUUUCAGAGGAGAAUAAACAAAAAUUAAAAAAAUUUCAAAUACUGUAUGUUUAUUGAAAGUUGUGUUGAAAAAUGUAGAAUGAUAUCAAAAACAAUUUUUGCUGAAUUUUGUUACUCAUUUUUUGAAUGUUUCCGAAAAUUACGAAAGUUGGGAACUCUUAUGCAAUUUUAAGAAUAAUUGCAAAAACUACACGAACCAAAUAAGACGAAUUUUUACACAUCGUAUUAAUCCCCAUCAUCUUUAUUUAAAUACAUUUUUAUUUUGAAAACACUCUGAUACGACAAUUCUUAAAUACUUUUAAAAUCCCAAACCGCCAAAAACUGUCUUACAUUAAAGCAGAACAUAAAAUGCUGAACCAGAAGAACUUAAAUUUAAAAUCAAAUAUGUACGUUUAGUUGCACUUUCAAUUUUGUAUCUUUAAGCUUUUACGAGCUGUUUUCAGUUCACACUUUGUUUAAGAUUUCUUUUUAUUGAACAUUUUGAAUUAAAAUAUCAGAUCCUACCGCUAUUCUUACGGCAGCCUUAAUAUAAGUUGUUGAUGAUAAGGCUUAGAAAAAAAAAAAACAGAACAAUUGUUGUCAUAUUGAAGCGCUCUAUAGGAAGUUAAUUUUAAGAUUUAUUUAUUAUAUAUAAUACAUUAAAAACAUAAAUCUACAAAAAUAUAUAUGUAUUUGCAUUUAAGUAGGUAAACAAAUAAAUAUGCAAUUUGGGAUAUAUGUAGGUUGUUAUUAAUUAUAAAACAAAACAAAACAAAACAAAAUAAUUUUAAUUGAAUAACUAAUUUUUUACACACACUCAAUAAAUUAUUAAAUAAUAAUUAUACCUAAGCAAAUGCAAACAAGUGCGUUCGCAUAGACGAAAGUAUUCGAGCUAAAUUAAUUUUAUUUAAACAAAUUAAAAUCAUGUACUGAAACAAAUAUUAUAUAAAAUUACCUAUUAACUAACGUUUAUACCAAAAUAUUGUACCAAUAAAAGAAAAUAUUUAAAUAUAUAUACACAAAAAGCCAUGCUUAAAAUUGGCUUUAA